UUGUAUGACUGUAGAAUUGUACUGGAGGUCACCCGAUCCCAUCUUGAACAAGGAACAGCUCAACCAGCAAUAAGCAACACCGCAACAACAAGAGCAGCAAGCAAAUUGUCCAAGACCUGUAUUCUUCCAUCUCUUGUUGGCAUUACAAAGACCACUUCGAGCAAGCCUUGUUGUUGUUGUGGCUACUAACAGCGGCUCCUUGAUUCGAUUCAUUGAUUCACAAAGCAGUUGCAUUCAUUCAUCCUCUUCCAAAGCCUCCUCUUUCUAGCAAGUAGUCAGUAGUAGAUACAGUAGAACCCAGCAACCAAACAAACAAGCAUCACCAUGGCAGCCCAAAUUUUGAAGAAAAUCCCGCAUCCCGACAUGUGGCCGUUCCCGGAAGACCCAGACAACCCGCGGCCACCCCCGGAGAAUCCUCCGCUUCACAAGGCGCUCUGGGAGAGUGAACCCAUGGAAGAAUGGUCGCAUUUGGUCGGCUGGAGGACGAUUCGUCAACGCGACCUAAAGGGCAACUACCCGCUCCACAUUGCCUGCGCGACACAAGCCGAUGCCGAUGUGGUCCAGUUCUUGAUUGGAACUUGGCCCAAAGCCGUCAAGACCAAGAAUCCCGACAAUGGCAAAUUGCCACUCCACGUGGCCAUCCAAUUCGAUGCGCCCAUGGAAGUCAUUCAAAUGUUGUUGGAUCACUACAGUGAAGCCUGUGAAGAAACCGACAAGACGGGACGUUUGCCCUUUCAUAUUGCCGUCGCGUACAAGCGGGACAUUGAAUUGCUCGAAAUGAUCUAUGAAGAGUAUCCCGGAGCCAUGAAGAAAAAGACGGAAAUGAGAGGUGUCAUGCCACUCGAGAUCGCCUGUGAGAACAAGUCGCCCAUUGAUACGAUUGAGUGGUUGAUUGAACAGCAUCCCGUGGCGGCUAGUAAAGCGCGUAGUUUUGGAAAGACCCAUGUCGCCAUUGCCAUUUCCAACGGCGCGUCGCUCGAAACCAUCAAGAUGCUCGUCGAUCAUCAUCCGGAAGCGCUCUCCAUGAAGGAUUCCUGGGGACGCUUGCCGCUGUACCGUGCCGCGGCCGACGGCGCCACGUUUGAAAUUGUCGAGUACGUCUUCAAGGAACACACCGAAGCGAUCUUUGAUACCGACAAGGGGGGCAAUUUGCCACUCCAUGCCGCGUGUCGCAAUGGCGCGCCCCUCGAGAUUAUCAAUUUCUUACUCGAACAGUACCCCGAAGGAAUCAAGACGGGAGACAACAAUCGAUUGUUGCCACUCCAUAUUGCCUGCAAGGGCGGCAAGGCCAAUUUGAAACUCAUUCAGAUACUCGUUGAUAAGUACCCCAAGGCUGUGACUAAAAUGGACAAGAUGGGAUGCACGCCCGUGCAUUACGCAAGUGAAAAGAAUUCCAGUAUUCUCGUCGCCCGCAUGAUGAUUGAAAAGUAUUCGCAGAUUCGCAUGAUUAGUGACAACAAGAGUUUGACGCCCUUGCAUCAUGCGUGUACCAAACAGGCGCCUAUCGAGAUUAUCAACUUGUUGUUGGAUCAUUACCCCCAAGCCAUGAAGCAUCCCACGAAAGCGGAUGGACGCAAUCCCUUGCAUUUGGCCGUUGUCAAUCGUUUGCCCGUCGAAUGUGUCGAAGCCAUUAUUGAUGCGCAUCCCUACUGUGUCUUGGAACCCGAUCGCAAAGGAUUGACGCCGUUGCAUGUGGCAUGCGAAGGAAAACCAUUCCGUCCCAAAUUGGAAGUACUCGAGCUCCUCUUGAAGGUUUAUCCCGAAGGUCUCAUGGCGACGACUAUUAAUGGAAGUCUCCCCUUGCACAUGGCCAGUCGUGGCAAGUACGCCCAAAUCGAAGUCGUCGACAAGUUGGUACACGAAUACCCCGAAGCCAUUGAUAUGCUCAAUGGUCGUGAUGCCAAGCCCCAGCAGUGUGCGAGAGCUGCCGAAGUCAAGGAAUUCUACUUGGAAUACCAAAAGAAGGUCAUGAUGAACAAGGUCUGUCCUUGCUGGUGUGCGCAUCCCAUGGAAACCAUUCAGGGGGAACGGGAAAAGCGUGACGCCGAACAGGCUCUCUUGGAACAAGAUGGACUCAUGAAGGAAGAAACGGAUGAUGAUGGCGAACCCAUUGACAGUCAAGAUAUCGCCUAUCAAAAGGCUGUAGCGGCGGCGCGUCGUCGUACCAACCGACGUCUCUUGCACAUUCCCGAGGAUUUGGGAGAAUCCGAGAACUGGGAAAAGAGCGGUGGACUCAAUGUCGUCGCCAUGACCAGUGCCAGUCGGCUUCAGGGAGUUCCACCACCACCUCCUCCACCGGGUGCGCCACCGUCCGCUGCUGGUGGUGUGCCACCCCCACCGCCCGAAGAUCCACCGGCAUGGGUGGGAGGUGACCAAGAAGACUUUCCCGAUGAUCUCACGCAAGAUACCACCCUCGUGAGUGAAGCUCCCAGUCGAAGUGCUCGUGGGCAAUCGGCGCCCGCUCCGGUGGUGUAUGAAGAAGACUCGGACGAUGAUCCGUCCAGCGCCAUGUGCUAAGCAAAGCAAAGCAGCCGAGCGAAGGGCGCAGCACGACGAACAAACGACUGACUGACAGUAGACGGGGUGAUGUCUCGAAAACGAGAGGAAAACACAUAGCUUGUCGUUUUUGAAGGAAUGAAAGAAGAAAUGAUUCAAUGUUUAGGAAAUAAAUGAAGAAAAAGGAAAAGACGAAAGGAAGCGACAUACAACAGAAGUAAAGAUUAAUUGCAUAGU